AUGGACAUACUAGAACUGGUUCAUGACGAUGUCAAGGCCGAGAGCAGGCCGCACGAGUGCCAACACAAAGGCUGCCCCAAGGCGUUCAGCAGGCAUGCGCGCAUUCAUUCGCAAGAGAGGCCAUUUGGUUGUCCCUACAUGGGAUGUGGGAAGACCUUCAUCCAACGAAGCGCUUUGACGGUACAUCUCCGCAUCCACACCGGCGAACGACCUCACGUGUGCGAGGUCUGCACCAAGGCAUUUUCCGACUCAAGCUCUCUGGCCAGACAUCGCCGCAUCCAUAGCGGACGUCGCCCCUACAAGUGCCUGGCAGAAGACUGUGGCAAGACCUUCUGUCGCAAGACCACGCUCAUCAAGCAUGGCCUGCGUCAACACCAAAUUGCCACGGUGCCAAAGGGCAAGAAGUCUCUGUCCACCAGAGCUGCCGGGCCAAUUGUUGUAGGGUCGCAGAGUGGGCCCGUCACGGGCAACGGCGCCUCGGGUAGGCAGACGCGGGCCUCGACGGGAAUGCAUCACCCGAACGGUGGCUCCGUGACAUCCUCUGGCGACAUAGUAUUCCCUUCUGUCCCCUCGCACAGCCACCAAACUCACUUCAUGGACGCUUCUCACGCGCAGAGCCAUGGCGGGCCGGUCCUACCGUGGUACCCUUCGCACGACAGCGGUUCUGCCUACACGUCAAGCACAGCCGACGGGAGCUACUCGCGCCUCGGCAGUGAGACGAGCACAUCUUCUGCUGCCAACAGUCAUGGAGGCUACACGCACGAUCACCACCUCCACAACCAUCAUCAUCACGGCACUUCCUCUGACGUUGACGCUGCGGAGGCGGCCGCCCUCAUGUUGCCCAUCGGCCCUGGAUCGAUGUCUAUCGAUAGCAGCUCGGUCAAGGCUGCCCCCGUCAAGCUGCAGGACCCCUACGGGCGACACUACCGUACGCACGACAGCUUGCCCGGCUGGAACGCAGACUACCAUGGCGGGGAGAGCAAGGUCUUUGCCCAUCAGUCCGGAGCGAGCACGCCUCAUGGUCAAGGCCCUCCGCCCAUGGCGCCUUCGCCAACUCACCCUCAACAGCAUCUCCAACAUCAUCAGCAGCAGCAGGGAAGCUACUUCCCAUCGGCGUACGCUCAGCAAAAUGGCUACGCUAUGCAGCACGGUCAUCAGCACCAGCGCUCGCUCCCCAUUCACCACCAACCUCAACAGCAGAGCCAAAAUCAGUACUCGACCCUCUUCUCUGCCGGUGUCGAUGCGCAAUCUGCCACUUAA